AUCUUGGCGAGCUUCAAACACAAUGAGAACCAUACUGUCUUUUUCCAUGAUUUUUCUUUUUUAUGCCUCUUCACUUUACGUUGCUCAAGUUUCCGAGGCACUAGAUACCAUCACUGUGAAUCAGUCCAUCCUAGAUGGUGAGAGCCUAGUUUCGGCAGGUGGGACGUUUGAACUAGGAUUCUUCAGCACUGGUGUCCCGUCAAGGCGAUAUCUGGGGAUAUGGUACAAAAAGGUAACCGCUAUGACAGUAGUAUGGGUUGCAAAUAGAGUCACACCGCUUGUGGAUUCAUCAGGUACUUUGAAGGUUACUGGCUUGGGAUGUCUUGUCCUUCUGAACGCCAAUGGAAGUGAAAUUUGGUCAUCCAACUCGUCCACAAAUGCACGAAAUCCAGUUGCACAGCUCUUGGAUACAGGAAAUCUUGUCGUGAAAGAUGUAGAUGGAACUGGCUCAAGUAUUUUAUUGUGGCAGAGUUUCAAUUACCCAACAGACACACUUCUAGCGGGCAUGAAGAUGGGAAGGAAUCGAACAACAGGCUUUGAACGCUAUUUAACGUCAUGGAAGAGCAUUGAUGAUCCUUCUCCAGGUAACUUUACAUAUAAAAUCGACCCAAGUGGCUUCCCACAAAGCCUCCUGAGGCAAGGUUCUGUUGUCAAGUUCCGGUCGGGACCAUGGAAUGGUGUUCGAUACAGCGGAAUGCCUAAUCUAGAUCCUAACCCAUAUUACAGUUACGAAUUUGUGUUGGAUGAUGAUGAGAUUUACUACCACUUCGAGCUCCUUGACAGUUCGUUCAUUUCCAGGCUGGUAUUGAGUUCAAAUGGCAUUGUACAGCGCUUCACUUGGAUUGAUCGAACACAGGGUUGGACGCUUUACCUUACUGUACCAAUAGACAACUGUGACACCUAUGCAUUAUGUGGUGCCUAUGGUAGCUGUAAGAUUGAUGAGUCCCCAGUAUGCAGGUGCUUGAAAGGAUUCACACCCAAGUACUCUCAAGAAUGGGGUAUCUUGGAUUGGUCAAAUGGGUGCAUCCGGACAACUCCUCUGGAUUGUGGAAAGGACAUAUUUGUGAAGUACUCUGGGGUGAAAUUGCCAGAUACAAGUAAUUCUUGGUUUAAUAAGAGUAUGAAUCUUCAAGAUUGCAAAGAAGUUUGCGAGCAAAAUUGUUCCUGUAUGGCAUAUUCGAGCUUGGACAUCAGAGGAGGAGGGAGCGGUUGCUUGCUGUGGUUUGGAGAGUUAAUUGACAUUAGAGAGCUAAACCAAAAUGGGCAAGACCUCUACAUCAGGAUGGCAGCCUCAGAAUCAGAUCUACUACAGUCAAAGCGAAAGAAGCAAACGCUGUUCAUUGGCUUGGCAAUUUCGUUCGGGGUUGUUAUACUAUGUCUGGUUCUAACUUUCUGUAUUCUACAGAAAAAGAGGAAGAAAAUGAAGCAUCAUAAAGGUAAAGAUGACAGUUUUGAAUCAGGAGACAACUCUAAAUGCCAAAAGGAAGAUCUUGAGUUACCAGUGUUUGACUUGGGUACAGUAGCUAUUGCUACCAAUAACUUCUCAGAAGAAAAUAAGUUGGGGGAGGGCGGUUUUGGACCUGUCUACAAGGGGGUGUUGGAGGAUGGCCAAGAAAUCGCAGUGAAGAAACUUUCGAGGGACUCACGGCAAGGGCUACUUGAAUUCAAGAAUGAAAUCCUGUAUAUUUCGAAGCUUCAGCACCGAAACCUUGUGAAGCUUCUAGGAUGCUGCAUUCAGGAAGAAGUUUUGUUGAUCUAUGAGUUCAUGCCCAACAACAGCUUGGAUUCCCGUCUCUUUGAUCAAAACCAGAGAAAGCAACUUGACUGGUCAACUCGCUUUGGCAUCAUUAAUGGAAUUGCUAGGGGGCUUCUUUACCUUCAUCAAGAUUCCAGACUCAGGAUCAUCCACAGAGAUCUAAAAGCUGGCAAUAUAUUGUUAGAUAAUGAGAUGAACCCUAAGAUUUCUGAUUUUGGCACGGCUAAAUGCUUCGUAGGGAAUGAGACACAGGCAAACACUAUCAGAGUGGUUGGAACUUAUGGCUACAUGUCUCCAGAGUACGCCAUUGAUGGAGUUUUCUCAAUGAAAUCGGAUGUCUUUAGCUAUGGUGUUUUGGUGCUUGAGACUGUUAGCGGGAAGAGAAACAGAGGGUUUUGUCAUCCGGACCACCGUCAUAAUCUUGUGGGGCAUGCUUGGAGACUCUUCACAGAAGACAGGUCCCUUGAACUGCUCGAUGAGUUGGUUGAGUCGUAUAAUACAGCUGAAGUAUUAAGGUCUAUACAUGUUGCUCUAUUGUGCGUGCAGCAAUGUCCUGAGGAGAGGCCGAGCAUGUCUGUGGUGAUUCUGAUGCUGGGAAGUGACAAUGAAUUGCCUCUUCCAAAGGAGCCAGGUUUUUUCAAUGAAAGGAAGCUGGUUCAAGAACAUGCUUCUAGCCAUUUGUUACAUUCUCCAAAUGAAAUCACCAUGACAUUGUUGUCUCCUCGAUAAAAGACAGCUUCGGUUGUCAUGUAACUUACAAAAAUAGUUGGGCAAAGUGUUGGGACUGUGAAAGACAUGCAUCCUGUUUCUCCACAUGCUCCUUUUUUAAGGUGCAGAAGAUAUUAAGAUCAGAAUUUGUACUUCA